AUGUGGCCAGUGAUCCUGACUGCCAUGCGCACUUAUGCGCCCUAUGUGACCUUCCCAGUGGCCUUUGUGGUGGGAGCUGUUGGAUACCACCUUGAGUGGUUUAUCAGGGGCACCCCAAAUGCCCCCGGAGAAGAGAGAGGCAUUGCAGAGCUACGGGAGGAUAGGAAAUUAGAGGAACUGGCCGGUAAGGACAGCACACAGGUCCUCAGCCUGAAGGACAAACUGGAAUUCACACCGAGAGCAGUGCUGGAAAGAAACCGACCGGAGAAAAACUAAGUUUUGUUAAAUGUCAUGAAGUCCUGCAAGAUUACUAUAUAAUGAUGUACAACUUCUCAAACUUUGGACUCAUUUGUCACCCUCCACGGCCCCAGGGACGGGAACUUUAUCUUACAGUAUGCCACUUCAUUCUGCCACCCUAAUUACAUGGAGUCUUUCUGUAAUAUUUACCAGGCCUGCUGGUGGAACUUGACUGCUGAGAGAAUUUUUUACAACUUUCAUUCUUUGAGACUUCUUAAUAUUCAUCUUCUGCCCUUAGGCAUGCAGACACAUGACUAUAAGUCCUAACUUGGAGAGCUUUAAUAAGUUUUCCAUUCGUGCUCCCUGUCAUAUGCUCAUGAGACUGAAGCUCAAAGAAAGACCACCUUUGUUAAGUUUGUCUGCGUGAAUAAAAGUGCAUUUAUGCAAGGCGUAAAUGAGUUGGACUAGACAAUGUUUGAGAUGUUUAAACUUUGGGUGGCUGAAGUGAUUCGGAUUCAGAACGCUCAGAAAUGCAUAUAAGCUCCGUCAUUGUGACUUCAGCUAAUUAGUAAUCAUGGACAUAGUGAAUAGUGAGGAAUGAAAGUGAAGUUUUGCCUCAGUGUUCAUCUUUUCGGUUCAUGAAAGAAGACUGAGCUCAUAUUUUAAACCAAUUUUCUGUAAAUUUUGAGUCCAUUUACAUGUACAGUACAGUGAACUCGUACUAUUGCGGCUCAUUACGCAUGCAGUGCUUUCCUAAGCGUCAUUAUGGCUUAAAUGUCAGUGAUAAUUGCACUGCUAACUUUUGUGCUGAAGUGUGUGGGAGGCUGCCUUGUGUUCAUAAUAAAUGUAAAGAUACACUUCA